GUCUUUCCCCUUGUUUCCAGCCAAGCAAGAAGAGGCACCGGGGAGUCUGCCCACCUGCCUGGCAUGAAGUGUGCCUGAAAACCGCCCUCCUGCCUGUGUCCCCACCAGUCCAGUCACCCCUCCAGGGCAUGUGGAGGGACUCACUCCCCAAAAUUGCCUGUGUGGCUCUCCCCAUCCUGGCACUGGCUGGGAAGAGGAGGGGCAGCUUGGAUCCAAAGCUCAGCUACAUACCAGAUGAUCUCUCGAUAGAAGAGAGAGAAGAACUUUUAAACAUUCGUCGCAGGAAAAAAGAACUAAUUGAUGACAUUGAGAGGUUAAAAUUUGAAAUAGCAGAGGUUAUGACAGAAAUUGAUAAUCUGACUAGUGUAGAAGAAAACAAAACUACACAGAGAAAUAAGCAAAUAGCUAUCGGAAGGAAGAAAUUCAACAUGGAUCCUAAGAAGGGAAUCCAGUUUCUUAUAGAAAAUGACCUGCUGCAGAACACUCCAGAAGACAUUGCUCAGUUCCUCUACAAAGGGGAGGGACUAAAUAAAACUGUAAUUGGAGAUUACCUUGGUGAAAGAGAUGAAUUUAAUAUUAAAGUUCUUCAGGCUUUUGUUGAACUCCAUGAGUUUGCUGAUCUCAAUCUUGUACAAGCCUUAAGGCAAUUCCUGUGGAGUUUCAGACUUCCAGGAGAAGCUCAGAAAAUUGAUCGUAUGAUGGAAGCUUUUGCUUCACGCUAUUGCCUUUGUAACCCUGGAGUCUUUCAGUCUACAGAUACAUGCUAUGUGUUAUCAUUUGCGAUCAUUAUGUUAAAUACUAGUCUACACAACCAUAAUGUAAGAGAUAAACCAACAGUGGAAAGAUUUGUAUCAAUGAACCGUGGCAUUAAUGAAGGCGGGGACCUUCCAGAAGAACUGUUACAGAAUUUGUAUGAAAGUAUUAAAAAUGAGCCAUUUAAAAUUCCAGAAGAUGAUGGGAAUGAUCUAACGCAUACAUUUUUUAAUCCAGAUAGAGAAGGUUGGCUACUGAAAUUAGGGGGAAGAGUAAAAACAUGGAAGCGGAGAUGGUUUAUUCUGACAGAUAAUUGCCUGUAUUAUUUUGAAUACACAACAGACAAAGAACCUAGAGGAAUUAUUCCUUUAGAAAAUCUGAGUAUAAGAGAAGUUGAAGAUCCUAGAAAACCAAACUGCUUUGAGCUCUAUAACCCAAGCCAUAAAGGUCAAGUAAUUAAAGCCUGUAAAACUGAAGCUGAUGGUAGAGUGGUAGAAGGCAACCAUGUUGUAUACAGGAUAUCUGCGCCCACCCCUGAAGAGAAGGAAGAGUGGAUCAAAUCUAUUAAAGCAAGUAUCAGCAGGGAUCCCUUUUAUGAUAUGCUGGCAACAAGAAAGAGAAGAAUUGCUAAUAAAAAAUAGUAUUUAUCAUCGGGGCACUUAUGGACCUGCACUAGCUAAUGUACAAAUGGAUUAAAGUCAAAUGAUAAGGUAAAAGUAAAGUAAAAGUGAAGCAAGCUGAAUGAAGACCAUUAUUAAAAAUAUAUACAUUUGCUUACAUCAUAUCUCUUUGCGAGAUCAUCCAAGGAGGUUAUUAUUUUGUAUAUAAUACUGCAGCAAAAUUCCCAAGGGAUAUUUGCAAGGAAUGACUGUAAUGGAAUUUCAUAACACUAACUGAAUACACAGAAGCCUUAUGUGCAUUUUUUGUUGCAAUUUCACUCUUCUGGGGAGAAAAACUUUCAGGAUAACAAACAUUGUCCUGCCUGUUCCUUCAGCAUAUUGUCCAUGACAGGAGCUGUUGUCAUAAGGACUUUGAUACACUAACACCUCACUGUAAUAUGACUCAAACUGGUGUACAGGGAUACUCAGAACUUUUUUCUUUAUGCAAAAACAAACAAACCAGUCCUUGUUUUGAAAACCCUAUUGUUAGCAAUGCAGAGAAGUUUUAAUUCACUUUGUGGAAAAUGAAUGGCUAAUGUGACGAGCUUUUAUAUAGAAUUUUCCCCAACAGGUAAAUAGAAAUACCUUUAAAAUAUGCUUUUUCGUAUUACACUGGUAUCUAUAGUUAACUCCUUGGCCCAAGCAGCACGAUGUGCACUGGAAAUAUGCAACCUUGAGGACGGAUACAGUUUAUCUUUAGCAAGCUAGACUUGUUGCUAAAUGCUUAUGCCCUUAAUAAGCAGCAGAAAAGGAUUUGCAUUAUUACUGAGGCUCUCUAUAUUUUGUAUGGGUAAAAUGCUCCAGUCACACAUUUUCUUUAAAGAAAGGGCAGUGUUAAAUUAUCUCCUUAUUUGUGGGUGUAGACAAAGGAAAAUCAGGAGGAUUGCUUGGUGAGUAAAGAGCAGAAUUUGGCGCUUGGUUAACAAAAACUUUGAAUAAAGCAAACUGAAUUUGUUUGCUUUAUUUUUAAAUGUGACUUUUCACAUUUAUGCUUCAGUGACUUAAAAUAGGGAGAAGAGGAUACAAACCCGAAUUGUUUAAAUAUUUGAUCUCAUGCCAUCAACUGUACUAAAAUACUUACCUAAUGUAACCAUAUACUUUCAAAUAUCUUGAUAGCAGGUUGAAUGUCUUUUGUGAGAUUCCAUUAGAAUCUAUUAGAUUCUGUUCUUCAUAAUCUAUUUUCUAAGACAUGCAAUCUUAUUAUCUAGCUUGUUUCAUUGAAACGUUUUCUAAAUUAUACAAAAAUGCUUAAUUUUACAGUGUAUUUUUUUUUACUCAUCCUGUGUUCAUGCUCUUAUAACAUUGCUUAUAUUGUGUCAACCUAAGCCUUUAAAGCAUCCAUAUCUGGACCAAAAACUUUGAUUGCUCUGUAGGGAAUUAUUCUGCAGGAGAGGAUCACAGAUAAGGUUGCCUAUAAAUCAUCUAUAUCUUCAAUUAAAGGCAAGGAAAGUGUGCAAAGCUUUCAUCUUAUUAACUUGGCUUAUGCUGUGUAGAACCUAAGAUCUGCAUAUGAAGUGUCUGUUUUCAGAUGAGCGGAGAGAAAAGAAUGGAGUGGAAGCCCACACAUUGUAAAUUCUUCUGUAGUUGUCAUCUCUUUAAAGAAGCAUUAAAAUUAAUGCUCAGUUAUGACAUCUUUGAAAGUGGGGAUGUGAUGGGUGGCAUCUCCAAACCAUGGAGUUGGGAAUUCAAGGCCAAUUGUGGACUCUGUGUAUAAUUGGAAAUUUAAAAAUUAAGUGCUUAAUUGCACAACUCCCAAACCACAGCCUAUAUCCCUUGCCUAGGUAGGUUGUGGAAUCUCCAUCACUGGAGAUUGUCUAAGAAUAUUUAAGAGCAGGUUAGACAGACACCUGUCAGGAAUGAUCUAGACAGUGCUUGGUCUUGCUGUGAGGGCAGGGGACUGGACUCGAUAAUCUCUCGAGGACCUUCCAGCUCUAGUAUUCUAUGAUUCCUUCUCUUGGACCCCCUAAAUUUAAAAUUGUGUCUCUUAAGAUAGAAAGAUAUGUUGGUAAGGACACUUGUCAUUUGUAAUAUAAAUGACACAUCUAGAAUUAGGGUUGUAUUAAUGUGUAAAACUGUAAAGAAAUAAUUUUAAUAAUUAAAUAAGUCUAGAAGCUUGCAAAAGCAUUGAUGGGCCACAAACACUUUCAGUACCAGUCCUUACAUCCCUGAAAAACACACAGCCAUUUCAAAACAGUCUUCUUAAUGUCAAGAAUAUGUGUCUGUAAGCAUAAAGGAAAUGCCUUAAGAGCUGUGAUACUGUUUGAAACUUUUCAUACCCUGUAUGUACAUGUAACAGUUGGAAUGGUAUGUAACGAUACAUUUUAGUAGAAAAUGCAUACUAUUCCCUUAGCAUUUAAAAAAGGAGUCAUUUUAAAGCAGCAGCAACUUGCUAAAUGAAAGCAAGAUUAAAUAUGGUGCUCAGUAUAAUCACCAACGGUGCCAGUAGCAUUCUUGUCUAAGAAUAUUUUAUUUCAGAUGUUCUCUGUAGCAGUAUUAGCAGGAAUUGAAAUGGAGCCAAAAUUUCCACUGGUCUUAAGGCCUGUAAAGAACUGAUUUGCAAGCAAAUGGCUUGUGUAAAUUUUGGCCAGAUUAGGUACUAUCCAUGAGGGAAUGAAAAGCCCUCUCUCAUGUGGGUUUAAGAUUAGGAUGAUGUUAAAGCACCAUUUGUUUUGGCUGGUCCAACCUCAGAAAAAGCAAUCUAAUUGCAUUUGACUUCCUCCAACCUGUAGUACUGAACAAUCUCCCUAUUUUUCCUGUCAUAGCAGGGUGGUCAUUUUUAUACUACCCAUUAAGCAAUGUAGGGACAGUAGGAAGAGAUCCUGGCAAAAAACUGCUGCUUCUGCUACUUUUCUGGCCCCUGCCAGCAUCCAUAACUUUCAUAGCUGUAGCUCACUAAUAAUUUCAACUUCAGUUAGCGUCAUCUAGGGAAGGAAGUGUAUAUAAUACUUAAGAUCAGCUGGACUGACUUAAAAACUACAUAUUCUGAAAAAACUAGUCACUUAACAUUCUGAAGCAUAUGGUACAAAACUGAACCUUUUUAAAAACUGAGCAUUUAUAAUGCUUCCUAUGUAAAACAAUGCAUAUUUUAAAAAUAUCUAUCUAGAUAUGCUUGCUGGAAAAGUUAGGUCUGUUGUAGACGAGAAGCUACAAAUUAUGGUUUACCAGUUUUUUCUAUAUUUUCUUGGAAAGCAUUUCUAUUUACAGUUCAGUAUAAAGUUAAUGUAAAUACUGUACAGCUGUGUAUUGAUUUGCGUUUACUCAUUGUACACACUUUGCAUGAUAAUUAUGUAUCAAUUCAAUUAAAUUUGAGGUAAUAUUAUGGCUGAGUACCUCCAUUGCAAAUAUUAAUGGGCUCGUUUACCAGUAAGACAUGUUUAAACUAUGGUGAAAUUUAAUUUUGAAAAAUAAAAUAUCAAGUAAAACUA